AACCCCAAUUUGGUGCUUUCUCCCCAUCCACGACGACGGCGACACGACCAGGAAACGCAAACUGCACUUCAACGUUUCAACGACAAUCGGAAAGUGGUCAGUUUGGGCACAGAUAGCGACGAUCCUGUCGCCACCACCGUCGAAUGCAACCAGUUGGCGAGGACACUUGUCAUUGUAUACCCUUUCACGACGACCGUACAGGAAUUUAUCACCCUCAUUGAAUCUUCCUUGAAAUAACGUUCAUUCCACCAUGGCACGACGUCGUGGGGCUCCGUCUGUCAAUUCAUUGAGCCCUCCAGAGUCUGGCGCGCCAACUGCAGCACAGUCUCAAGGCUUCCUCAACUUUCCUCGUUCUGCCUCUCCGUCUGGUUUCACUGGCUUCCUCUCCAAGCCCACAAAGUGGUUUAACAGAUCGGCCUCUAAUGGCAGCAUACCUGGCCGAUCGUCUACUAGUUCAACGGAGCCCCGGUCGAGCACGAGCUCAACGACCAGAAAACCCAAGAUUUCACACCCAACUGACCCUCGCCCGAUCUUAGACAGUUUGCAUCCAGAUCCGGGUUAUGGCAGCCAAGGUGCAAGCAGGUGUCUGUUCUCGAUCUGUCUCUGGCGCGCACUGCAACGACGUUCGACAACUCUCAUCCUGUACCGUCCGCUCGUGCACCUUCUUCACCAUCCAACUCAGGUUUCUCCAGAGGUCUUGGCGAUUUGCGUAAUAUCUCGCGUAAACCGUGGUCCAAGUCUGCUGAUGAUCUCGGAAAGAUAUCACAUACUGCAAGCCCUAUGCUGAGUCCGAUUGACACGACGUUUGCGGGAAAGAUUGAACAGUACCGCACGCAUCGAAAUGACAGUGUGGGCAGCAGUGAUGCUCCUUCGCCAUCGAGCUCACCGCCGGUGUCUCUGCUGCAAGGUGGAAAACACUUUCCGUUCCCUACUAUAUCCACGACUGAAAGUCUGUCGUCGUCGCCUCCGCCAAGGUUGGCUGCUUCAAGCUCAGGUUCUUCUCCUAGUUCACCUACGCUCACACCUUCCUCUGGCCCUGUCCACGCUCGAUCUCAUUCAUUUACACCUCGCUUGCCAUCAAAGUUGUCUGCACCCAAGCUGGGUGGCCUCGGCCCUCCAAGUCCCAAGCGAAAGGGAUCAGCUUCAUCAGAGCAUACCCCUCCUUCUGAGGACCGCGCUACUCCUACCGGCUCGGGAUCUUCUCGUUCUGCCUUCCCCUUCAACUUCAGUCCCUCCGUAGGCGACAAGCAUUCUGCUUCGCCAGGUCUCCUUGCACCUCCCACGAUUAUUGAACCAGAAGACUCAAAGAACGAGAAACGCACUUCGCAGGUGGUAUAUCAUUCCGGCUUCAUCAACCGAUUGACCGACUUCUCCCCCGCUGCUAUGCACGCACGUGCGAAUCACUCGUAUAUGACUGGCAGUGGAGCUCCUUCCCUUUCUAAAGGCUGGAAACCUUUCAAGUUGGUGCUGAAGGGCUCGAAGCUGUAUUUUUACAAACCUCCAAGUGACCGAAGCACCGCAGUAAGGGAUUUGUUUCCUACGGAAUUGGUUGUCGUACUUGAAGAAGAGGGUAUGGGUAAGGCUGAAGGUGCGAAUGCGCCGGUAGAUGUGGAGUUUGAAGAAGUUUUUCGUGGAGGCAAAGGCAAAGAGAGAGACGAAGGACGUAGAAGAAGAGCAUUUUGGGGACGCGGUACACAUCCGAAUCUGGUUGUCGGAGACGCCAUUGAAAGAGGAUCGUUUGAAGCCCUCGUGCAUGAAGCCGUCUGUGCUACCACGUUCAUGAAAACGGAUACGGCUACGUCCGAACCCUAUGACCGCUAUCGACCCGACUGGCAGGAUUUCGCCUCCACUGUCUUGUUUUCUAUACCCUCUAUCGUUGGACGAGUUCAGUUCGAGACCGAAUUCAUCCGAUGUUGCACCUUGCUUGUGGAUGGUUCCGAAGACCAACACAAGGAAGAGGAGCGCGUUCGGGUUCGAUGGCUUGCAGAUCAAUAUCUCGAUUAUUAUGGCUUACCUGCGGACGAGGAGUCAUGGAAAGGGUGGUGGACUAAGGCUUUGCCCUCUGUUCCUUAUAUUCCUAAUUCCCUCAAGAACAUCACGCAAUCCUCUUCGAUGCAGGGUUUGUAUACUGCAUCGCCGAACCUGACCUCUUCUCCCAAGAAAAGGGUAACAGAGUUCUCUCCGAAUCUAGGAGCAUUCUCACCUAGGCCAGGCAGUGAUGGACGUAUAGUAUCCCUGCUUGAUGUGUUAAACGAUAGUCGAGUAGACUCUACGAAACCGCUGUCGAAACCGAACGCGCAGUCGAAUUCGUUACGAAACAUCCUUCAGCGCACUGGCCUUUCGAGAGAAGUCUUAGUCGGGUUGGAUGCGCAGAUGGUGGCUCGAAGUCUAUUCUUAUUCAAUCAACGUGCGCUUCAAGAGCAUGUUCCCGAACGUAUUACGGCAGAUAUUUGUCUGGGACAAGCAUCGCGGGAAGCGUUGUCGUCAGAGGCCGCACAGGAAACUUCUUCGCCUUCUUCGUCUUCUAUCCCGCUAAAAUUAUUCACCGGAAGCGAAGAGCAGCCGCACUGGCUGACAAAAGCAAUCUUACUUCAAAUUCUCAUCUCCGAUACACCCAGUCGAACGCCAAAUUCGAGCUCCAUGAAUGGCCUUCGACUCUCUGAGGAUCGUGGAGCAUUGACAAGUCGGACACAUUCCCGUUCGGAAGUUAUUUCUGCUUGGGCUAGGAUCGGUGAGAUAUGUCGACGGACGGGAGACGAGUGUUCAUGGCGUGCGAUAUUUGCCGCUUUGUGCUCCCGACCAAUCGCUCGUCUUGACAAGGUCUGGAAGCGCGUAGAUGGAGACGCCACGAGAGCUGUACAGUCCUGGGUUCAUGAGCAUGACGGUAAUGCACCCGUUGGGAUUUCUGAGACUAAGACAAUACCUUGGGCUUCUGAGAAGCUCUCUGCAAUCCGAGCAGCAUUAGAUGAUGCCAGUGCGGGGGAAAGCAAUGAGUGGAAGGUUGCUUCUCUUGCUCGGACUAGGGAGACAUUUGAAAGUUUGCGAGCAGAUUUCCAGUCAGCGUCGAAAUCGGCUUUACUGUUAACUAAUGAGUCUGACGAUGUUGAGGCCCUGGCCGUCCACUGCGAGUAUCUUGCUGACGGAGGUGGUACCAGCGGAUUUGCAUUCAAAUUCAACCGCGUGGACCAAUUUAUGUCGCUUUCUCUGGCGGCUGAACCCCGCCGAAAAGGUUCAUUCGAGCCCUAUUUCUGGACAAGGCCUACUGCACACCAGGGGUUCCAUCCUCUGACACCGUUACUGUUCCCAGAACCUCUGCCCAGCAUCGCCUUCUUGGAUAGAUCAUCGUUAUCGCGUGGAAGGGUGGAGAGUAACGCCUCCAUAGUGAAUACCAAGGACAUUCACUACCUGCGAGAGCUUAUGCCUUUAUCUGGACACUCGCGAGCUAACCCGGAUGCGGCGAAAAUGAACGGAUUGGACCUUGGAGGCACUGUAAUCGUGUUGUACAACGGAGAGCUCACUCUUCUUGUGCAGCCUGGAAAUGAUGCUCUUCCACCUUCACAGCCUGGUUCGCGAGCACCUUCUCGGCCGCCGAGCAUGGAUGCUUCGGCUGUAGAAAGGACGUUCAAUCGUGCACCGUCUAUUAGAGUGAAGCCGGGACCUUCUCAGAGUCUUGAGCGUAAGCCUAGUCAGCUCCGCCGUAACUCCUUGCCUUCGUUGUCGAAGAAACCCAGUUUCAUCACUGCUGAUGUAUGCUCUGAUCGACCCCUACGUGUAGUCGUCCAAGCCGGAACUCUCGAUAAACUGGUCGAUGUCUUGGUUGAAGGCCUGCAUGGCAUUUCGGUUUCUGUGGCUGACGAUAAUGGUGAGAUGCCUCUCAACGGCAAGAAGACCAGGGAACUUCGCGUGGAUAUGGAUGAGUACUCAACUGUUUGGUGGAGCACUUUCCGCAGUUUCGUCACCCCUCUCGUAUUCUUCGAGCUUCUGCGAAAGCGGUACUUAGCUGCUGGCGUUAAUGCAGAAACACCUUGCGCCGACGACAUCUCGUUAAUAGUUCGAACCCGGUCUCAAAUCUUCGAUACUAUGACUAGAUGGGUUACUAGUGGCGGCGGAGCUCAGGAUGCUCUUGACGACUCCGCAUUGUACUCUUCCAUCAUGGAGUUCCUUAGACGACCUAUCGCGCCUCCUUCAGAUGAUGCCGAAGAGUGUCUGAAGCACGGCCUUUCAUUGUUGGAUGACAUGCGAAAGGAGCUGCUUGCAACAAUCACUACUCAGACCUUCAGACCGUUGCAACGUUCAAGCCUUGCGACAGAGUCUGGGACGCGUCGAUCGAUCGCGUAUUCAUUUGGUUCAGAACCUCCAGAUAUUGACAAAGUCGACGCGGAAGAGCUUGUGAACAAUCUGGAUGCUAUGGCUGGCGCUGCGUUCCGGAACGUGAUCCAAGAGGACCUUUUUAUAACUGCCGAUAUCCUUGAGGUUCAGUCAGCAGAUCGUACCGGAUGGUUCCCAACUCGUGAGCCAACUUCGAUAUCAGAUGAGGUCGAGAUCCAGUGCAUGCACUCAUACCUCCAUGAUGUCGAACCUUCCGCUAUGAUUUCGGAGCUAGGACAAGACUCAUUAUAUCGCUUGCUUCCUCCUGCCGCUAGAGGAUGCGUCCGGGCUUUUGGUAUCCUGCGCAAAUGGUUAAUCUCAAAGCUUGUAGGUCCAAAAAUAAAUCUCCGUACUCGACAGGCUAGGAUGGAAUUACUGCUUCAAGCCGUCGAAGUGUGUCGUUUGCGGAGUACGGAGAUCAAUUCUUCUACUCAACCUCUUGCAGAACGACCUUGCAUCAGAUCCUUUGUCGAAGCAGUUACCACUUCUGCCAUUCUCAGUGUCGAGAGCCGCAUGUACCAUAGGGCUUGGCAACUAGUUGCUAGCGCUCGCUUUACUUCUUGUGACACAGUUGCAUCCCUCCUAUGUAGGCCUGUCUCCAAGACUGUACCUACCCGUGGCCCCUUGACCAUGGACAUUGGCUGGCUAUUGGAAAAGAUGCUUGAAGUCAUCAGUAUGCCCGAUGUAUUGGAUGCCGCUUCCCAGGACGGCCUAAACCUAGUCAACUUUGACAAACGAAGAACGCUUCAAGGUUUAAUUACAACCGCCGUACCUCCCGGGUUGCCUUCCAAAGCUCACCACCGCUAUGAAAGCUGUCGUCAAGACUUCGAGCGUUUGAACAACAUUGAACAAUCCGUAGCUUCAGUCUAUUUUGACUUGCGGGUUAUACGGGAAGAUGCGCAUCGCGAGGCAACUCAAGUCAUGUCGACUGGUGCACCUCUGCCUCGACGGUCUCCUCGGCCUUUCCAGGCGCUGGUUCUCGCGCAGCAGGAAAAGAACAAGAAAGACAAAGCGUUGCGAGACAGGCUAAGUAGAGAAAAGCGGCAGGAGCAACAACGUCAAGACAGAAGAGAGGAAUACCUCAACAAGGCGAUGCACACUCGUCGACCUACCGCCUCUACCCCUAAGCAGCAUCGCACCAAGAAGAGCAUGUCGUCAGCUUUCUUGCAGUUCAUGCGGCCUAUCUCCAGUGCCUUCAUCUCUGAGACUGCGACGUAUACGGGCCCGAAACGUACUCCGGAAGAACUUGACUUCACGCCUUCUGGCAAGCCUUCUCACGUCCUGAAUGUCGUGGAUGCGCGAGUGUCGCAGUUCAUCAACAGUGAACGAUCUUUCACUUUCCAGGUUGAUACAGAAGACGGUGGUCAUUACCUCUUGCAGGCCAUGGACAAAGGAGACAUGAAGAAGUGGAUGGAUACCAUCGACCGUGUGUCGAAAACAGCUGCCCAACGUCGACUCACGUAUCUUGGCCAUAAUUCGAAGAUGCAAAUGUCAGAGCAUCUGUUGAACCCUGGUUCAGUUUCUCGUGACCCUAGAGCAGUGUUCGGUGUUGAUCUAGACUUCUUGCUAUGUCGCGAAUCUCAGGGAGAAGAGGUUGAGCCCGGAACUGUUCCGUCUGUCAUUGAGCGUCUUAUAGCUGAAGUUGACACCAGGGGACUCACUGAGAUCGGAAUCUACCGAGUCGCUGGUGCACAUUCUGAGGUCAAUGCAUUAAAAGAGGCCCUGAAUCGAGGGGAAUGGCCUAUCGACAAGUACACUGACAUAAAUGCUGUUUGUGACCUCAUCAAGGCAUGGUUCAGGGUCCUUCCCAGCGGUAUGUUCCCAUCCGAACAUUACAGUGAUAUUAUGGCUGCUGCAGCGAACGACUCCAUGGACUUGGAGGCGAGGCUUUCUACUAUCCGCCGUAUUGUGCAUACGCUUCCGGGCUCCCGCUUUGACUUGCUUAGACGUCUUAUGGAACAUUUGGACAGGGUUACUGAUUUCGAGGAGCAGAAUCAGAUGACCGCCGACUCACUUGCAACAGUUUUCAGUCCCAACCUACUACGGUCCUCGAACAACGACAUAGGGUUCUUCUUUGCCAACAUGAGUUCCGCUCAUCGCGCAGUCAAGAUGCUCAUCACACAUAUCCAUACCAUCUUUGAUGAUGCUGAGCCCGAGGCGGACGCUGAGCGCGAUGAUUCAUCAGAUGUUGAACAAUUUGAACAGUUCGACGAACCGAUACCCGAAGAAGACGAAGAAGACGACGACAUUCUUUCUGCUAGUCACGAAAUGUCAGACGGUGAUGAUGAGACGUCGAGGCUAGCCUUGUCUCACGACUUUCACUCGUGAUAUGAGUGUGCUACAUCCUCGUAGGUUUGACAAUUCUAUGUAGUAUGGCGCGUGAUGCUCGGACAAUAUGCUUUGUAGGUUUAUCUAUCGGACACACACUCAUUUGGACAUUCGUUCGCCUGCUCUCUUCCUCUUUCGCCCGGCGUUAUUGUACGGUUGGCCUAAUUCUACACCAUAUAUCACUGUGUUACAUAUACCAUGUAGUGUUUUAGAUCGUCUUCCUCCAGGAAUACCAACUAGUUUGUACCUGAUACUUACAUUCUAUAAAUAGGUGGAAUUGCAGCCACCUUGAUGUUAUUAACAUGAGACUUCAUGCGUCAACACGUUCGCAGUACAACUGGGAAAACUAGGAAAUCAUAUGUAUAGUUUAGAUAUAGAGGAUUUAAUCUAGGCCGUUUUGACACUCC